UGAUGUGAUCUGUUGUCAUCACUGCUUCUAAUAAUUGAUAUUUUCGUUUUUAUGGAUAGAAUUCUACCGAUAAAAUAGUACUUACAUUUUCUUGAACUCGUUAGUUUUAUAUCGAAAAACAGUUAUUUCAAUUUUCAUCAUAUCUUCCAACGACAUGACGAUCGGUAAAGAAGUAAAACCUUCCAAUGCUAAAAAUAAAAAUGGAUAUCCUCCUCAAGGUGUUCGUUGCCAAAAAUGUCUGGAAUAUGGACAUUGGACGUAUGAAUGUAAGGGUAAAAGGAAAUAUCUUCAUAGAGAAUCUAGAACUCAACAACUGAAGAAAAAGAUCAAGAUAAUGGAAAACAGUGAAAAUGGUGGGACAAAUCAAGUUGAACACUCAGACAGCAGCAGUGAUUCAGAUAGUGAAUCAGACUCAAACAGGAGCAGUUCAAGUGAGGAUUCUGAAACUAGUGAUACUGAUGAUAGUUCAUGUAGUAGUUCUUCUGAUGACGAUGAUGCCUUUGAGAAAGAGUGAAUAUGCUGGAUAAGUUUAUUAUGCGAUAUUCUCCAUGAAUGUCAACUGUAUAGUUAAUCAAUGGUUUUACAAAACAAUUUAUGAGUUAUUCUAAGAAUAAUGUCAUUUAUAAUUGAAGAUUUGGAUUGGAAUAUUUUGAUUCCACGAAAUUAUAUAAAUAAGUAAUUUUAAUUUCAUAAUGAUUAUCUUAUAUUUAUUGAAAUACUGGUUAAUGAACAAGGAGUUAUUAAUCUUUGUAUUUUAUUAUACAAGUAAUAAAUAGUGUUGCUGUUUA